ACUCUUAAGGGGCUUAAAAUGAAAAGCACUUAAGCGCAGAAACCUAUUCCUGUUGUCUUCCGGCAACGUAAAGAAGAAACGACAUGGCGUUCCGAGGGAAAGAGAUGAUGAAGAAAGUAAUAAAGAAGGUUGGAGAGAACUACCUGGCUCCAGGAGUGAAACAGUCUCUUCAGAAAUGCAUUCCAGACAGCAAGAUCGUCAUGAACCGAGCCAAACGCGGUCUCUUCGCUGGAAAACACAUCCAGUUCGGGAAUCGUAUUAGCGAAGACGGCGGCAACAAGUCAAGGAGGUCCUGGAAGCCCAAUGUCCAGGAGAAGCGCCUCUUUAGUUACAUAUUAGACCGUCACAUUAGAGUCAAAGUAACCACUCAUGCUCUCCGCUGCAUAGACAAGGCAGGGGGCAUUGACGAGUAUCUGUUAAAGACUCCUUACCACAAGAUGGAUACAGAAAUGGGUCUAUUUUGGAAGAGCAAGAUUGAGAAGCUAUAUGAAGAGCUUGGGCAGAUGGAGGUUGUGUUUUUUUCACCAGAAGAUGAAGCCAAGUUUGAACAGGGUUUUAAAGACCUGAAACUUGCUGAGAGGGCAGCCCGCAAGGAAGUCAGAAGACAGAUGUAUGGAGGUUCAAGCAAACAAACACAAAUCAAGGAAGGAAGUGCAGACGGUCAAGUAACCUCCGAGAAAGGAAGCCAACAUGAUGAUGUUCAUGAACAUUUAGUUGCCAACGCCUAAGUCACAAGUUUGGACCUCCACAAUUUUUGUAGUAGUUGUUAUUCUGUUCUGUUUUGCAUUGUAAUUUUUGUUUUAUGCUUAUUUUAGAAUUCAACAUAGUGGUAGUAAUACCUCAUAUCCAGAAACAUUUUGCAUUGCUGCUUGCACACCAAAAAUUUGGUUGCUUUGGAUUUGAUGGUCUAUUCAACUUUGUCUUAAAUAAAUCACUCUAAUUCACUUUUUUA